CAUCAUCCUCAUCACCACCACCACCACCGCCUCUCCUCACAGAGCAUCCCCAGCAGCUCGGUAGCGCGCAUCGACUGUUCGCUACCACUGCUGUCGCUGCUGCUGCUGCCGUCUUAAUCGCGCAAAAGGCGGCCUUUGAUGGCCUCGAGCGGCUUGCCUCCGGAACUCGAUCCAGACUAUCAGCAUCGAUUGGCCUCGCGCCAGCAUCAUCACCGCCAAUCAGCUUCGAUCAGUUCGGUAGCUUCGGGUCCCUCGCACCCACCACCUAACGGCAUGGUCUCGACACGCGGAGCGGGCAGCUCGUCCGGCCACGUAGCAUCCCCGCACGACGACGGCAAUGCUGUCGCUGGAGGUUCACGUCGCUCCAGUCGAGCAGGAGGGAGGCGAUCCUACAAGGAAGAGGACAUAGAGGAUGACGAUGGUGCAGGGUCUCCUGACCCCAUCGCCUCGGCCCCCGUGCGCUCCUCCCGCCGCCGCAGCGCCGACGAAGACCCUGAUGCAGAUGUUGACGCAGAGGGCGAUUCGGACGAAGAAGACGACGACGAUGAGAAGCCCAUCCAGCAAGCACGCACACGCAGCGGCCGAGUGACCAAUCAUCGCAGCUAUACCGAGCCCGGCGCGAGCAGCGACUCUGAUGAGGAUCAUGUCCCCGCGCCGAGACGUAGAGCUGCGACCAGCAAGUCGAUGGGCGGCUUCGUCGUCGACGACGGGGACGACGACGUGGACCGCCCAUACGGCUCUUCCUCGCGCAGAUCGACCCGCACCACGCUGCGUCGCGGCAACCAACCCAAAGUCGCCCGCCUCGCAGCAUCGAAGCGCGCCGCCAAGGUGGACGAGGAAGAGCUCGACUCCGGCGCAGAGACCGAAGACCGCUCUGACGACCAAGAAGAAGUGGGUCGCUCCUAUCGUCUACGCGAGCGCAAAAAAGUCGACUACUCUCUCACUGCACCUCCCGCAGAGCCUGAGCGCGAUGGAUUUGGGCGACCGAUCAAGAGGACGAAGAGUAAGACGGGGCUGGGUUCAAGUAUGGGUGGGGCUUUCGAGCUCGGUGCUGGGCCGGCGCAUCUAGGGGGAGGAGGACGCAAAGGCAAGACGGGCUGGGAUGCUCUGCCGCUCAGCAUGACGGGCCAGGACUACGCACGCAUGUUUGGCGAGGACAACGACGACAGCUCAGACGACGAUAUCCCUGCGUCACGCAAGGCCCCGCCUCCAGCUCUUAUAGGCGCGAGUGGAUCUACGGGCGGUCUACUCGGCUCAGGCCCAGCACCAGCAGACGGCGCCAACGAAGGCUCAGCUCGCGAUGCCCUCGGCCGCAUCAAAAAAGGAGGCGACUCGCUCGCAGACAUCGACCCGCUGGGCGUCAACAUGGCCGUGGACUUCGACUCGGUUGGCGGGCUCGACGGACACAUUCAACAGCUCAAGGAGAUGGUCAGCCUUCCCUUGCUCUAUCCCGAGGUUUUCCAGCAAUUUAAGGUCACCCCUCCUCGCGGCGUGCUCUUCCACGGCCCGCCCGGGACAGGAAAGACGCUCGUUGCCCGCGCCCUCGCUGCAAGCUGUAGUACGUCGGGACAGCAGAUCAGCUUCUUCAUGCGUAAAGGCGCGGACUGCCUGAGCAAGUGGGUGGGAGAGGCGGAACGUCAGCUACGCCUGCUCUUCGACGAGGCACGCGCCUCGCAACCAUCCAUCAUCUUCUUUGACGAGAUCGACGGUCUGGCGCCCGUGCGCAGCAGCAAGCAGGACCAGAUCCACGCGUCCAUUGUAUCGACGUUGCUCGCGCUCAUGGACGGGAUGGACGGGCGAGGUCAGGUCGUCGUAAUUGGAGCCACGAAUAGGCCAGACUCGGUUGACCCGGCACUACGCAGGCCUGGCCGCUUUGAUCGCGAGUUCUACUUCCCUCUGCCUUCUCGCGAAGCUCGCCGCAGCAUCAUCAACAUUCACACAAAGGGGUGGGACCCGCCUCUCAGCGACGCAUUCAAGGAGCAGCUUUCGGAGGUGACAAAAGGGUAUGGUGGAGCGGACCUGCGAGCGCUUUGCACCGAGGCGGCCCUCAAUGCUAUCCAACGUCGAUACCCGCAAAUCUACCAGACGUCGGAGCGAUUGGUCCUGCAACCGGAGACGAUCAAGGUUGAGGCCAAGGAUUUCAUGAUGUCCGUCAACAAGCUGGUGCCUUCCUCGGCUCGCUCGUCCACCUCCGCCGCUGCCCCGCUACCAGAGCAUCUUCGCCCGCUCCUCGGCCGCACAGUCGACGAGGCUAUCGCAGCGCUGCAAAAGGUGCUUCCGCCCUCCUCGAAGCGCAAUCCACUCGAAGAGGCGCUAUGGGAGGACGACGGGGACGACGGUGCGGACGGAUUUGGCCGCGAGAUGAUGCUGCAGAGCUUCGAGUCGCUGCGCAUCUUCCGUCCUCGGCUGGUGAUUGCAGGCCAGCCAGGCAUGGGCCAAUCCUUCAUAGGCGCUGCUCUCCUUCAUCAGCUCGAGGGAUACCACGUCCAGUCACUCGACAUCGGCGCGUUGAUGGGUGACAGUGCGCGCACACCCGAGGCGGCCGUCGUGCAGCUCUUUGUCGAGGCGAAGCGACACAAGCCCUCCGUGCUAUUCAUCCCGGGUCUAGUCCACUGGGCCCAUUCCGUGUCAGACGCUGUGCGAGCUACCACGAAGGCUCUCCUCGACGAGCUCUCGCCCAGCGACCCGGUGCUGCUCCUCGCCGUAGCCGAAGCCCCCCUCUCGCAGCUGCCCGCAGACGUGGCCAAAUGGUUUGGCUACCUGCGGGACAACAAGAUCGAGGCUACGCUUCCCUCAUCCUCGCAGCGCGAAGCCUUCUUCUCCGAGCUCCUCGCCAACGUCCGCAAGCCCCCCAGCGACUUCCCCGACGCCCUUCCCCGUCGCAAACGCAUCCUUGAAGAGCUACCACGCGCGCCUCCACGUCCUCCCCGCCAGUUGACGCAAGCCGAGCUCCAACAGCAAGCAGCAGAGGACCAUCGCACCCUCGAGCAGCUCAAGUAUCGCUUAGGCCCCAUCCUGAACGAGCUGCGCAAGAAGUUCAAGAAGUUUACGCGUGACCCCUGGGAUGAGUAUGAGCUGCAGUACCUUACGGAUCAGCUGGGCUUCGAUUACGUUAAGGAGAAGGGGAAGAUCGUUGUGACGAUUCGGUAUGCCAAGGGGUUCAGGCCUAGGAGACGCUCGACUAUUACCGAGGUGAACGGGCUGAGCGUCAUCACGGGUAGUGGUGACGAGGUGGGCUCGCACCAGCCGGCGGAACAGCCACAGAGAGGACAGUCAGCACCUGCUGAGCAGCCAAGCGACGAGCCUGGCGCGGCAGACGUGUCGAUGAGCGAGGGGGCAGUGCCAGCAGGGGCAGCCUCGCAGCCCAUGCCGGGUAGCAAUGGCGGCAUGUCAAGCCUUGGCGCAGCGAUGACUUUCGGAGCUCCGCCACCACCACCACCUCAAGCAACCGACGGCUCAGUGACCAACCUCGUUGCGGCCGAAGUCCCCGCCACCAACGGUGACGGAGCCAGCGGCGCCAUGGCAGUCGCAGCCGCAGCCGCCGACCCCACCGCCGCCCCCAACGACACAGCCUCGACGGACGACGCGCUGUACGACACGCGGGCGAUGACCAUCUACACGAUGAACCUAGAACGAAUGCAGAAGCGCCUCUACUACAAUGGGUAUCUCACCAUCGCCGAUUUCCUCACUGACCUGUCCAAGAUAGUCUCCAAUGCGGAGACGGCCGAGGAGGUCGAUCAGGAAAGGAUGGUCCGAGCGCACCAGAUGAGGAACAUGGCCAACAUCAUGCUCGACCAGUACAUCGAUGUGGCUUUCCGCGCCGAAUGCGAGCGUAUGGCUGUUAGGCAGCGGGCGAGAGAGGAGGAGAAGAGACGGGCCGACGAAGCGGCAAAGAGCUUGGCGGCUGCGGCUGCGGCUGGGGGUGUACCGCCGCCUAAGCCUACAGGGGAGAGGUUCAGUGCGAGGGUGCAGGGACAGGCCCCCGAGCAUCAGACGCCCGUCGAUGUCAGGGCUAUAGAGCGCAAUAAGCGCAGGCAGGAGAGUGUGGAUGCAGAGGGGCAGGAAGCGAACAAGAAGGCGCGAAGCGGCAGUCGAGAGGGCGAGCGCGAGCAAGAGGAGCAGCAAGCCGUCCCGCUGCUCAACGGUAAUGGCGCCAGCUCGCAGAGUCUUGACGGCUCUCAGCACGACCCUGCCGUCGCCGCCCACCCACACUCAGCACCAGCAGCGCACCCGCCCUUCAUCUGCCCCCCCGCCCUCCUCUCCACCCUCUCCUCCACCCUCCUCUCCUCGUCUCAGCACUUCAACAUCGACCAACUACUCCAACUACGCGCCGCCUCCUUCGACUUGGUCUGGCGGGAGCGGAGCCAGUGGGAUCGCACGGCACUCAUCCACCAGCUGAUGGCAGUGGCGGAGCAGGUCAAGGAGGCGGUAGAGCUCGAGAGGAGGGAUGACGAGGAGCGGGCACGCAGGGAUGCGAUGGUGUAGACGGGCGGGAAAGCGGUGAGGAGACCGAGCAAAGCGAUGCGAUGUGAUGCGAUUCUGUAGAAAGGAUCGAUCCGCGUCGAUCGACCGAAUCACGACCCAAGACCAAACUGUACGAUCGCAAUCUCCAGUCCCUCGCACUCCGUCCCCAUCUCCUCAGCCUGAUAUCUCACCAGCG